CGCGGGAGCAGCGUCUGAGCGGCCGGCGGUAGCGGCGUGUGGCGUCUGGCAUUUUGUACACUCAGGGUGACUUCCAAGGAUUCAUCUGAAGUCCAGGUAAACGAGUCACCUGUCAUCCUAAGCAUAGUCCUGCCUGCUGUCCCACACCAUAGCCAUCAUGCCCCGGGGACAGAAGAGUAAGCUCCGUGCUCGACAGAAACGCAGCCAGGCCCGAGGUGAGGCCCAAGCUCAGGCCCAAGCUCAGGCCCAAGCUCAGGCCCAAGCUCAGGCCCAAGCUCUACAGAAUGCUCAGGCCACUGCAACACAGGAAGAUUCCCCUUCCUGCCCCUCUUCUGUUGCUGGAGAUGCUGCUGGCCUUCCCCAGAAGUCUCUAGGAGAGCCAUCCACCAGCACUGCUGCUGCUGCUGCUGCUGCUGCUGCUGCUCCUGCUCCUGCUGUUGCUUCAAAGAAAAGAUCAGGCAAAGGUUCCAAGGGAAGAGGGCCAGAAAGGGAAGGGGCUGCUUCCCCCAAGGUCCCAUCCUCCAGUGAGAGCUUAAGAAAAGAGCUUAUGGUGAGGAAGGCAGAAAAGGUGAUGCAGUACCUGUUGAGCAAAUACAAAAUGAAUGAGCCCAUUCUGAAGGGGGAAAUGUUGAAGAUUGUCCACAAAAGGUUCAGAGAGCAAUUCCCUGAGAUCCUCAAGAUAGUCUGUGGGCGCAUUCAGCUGAUCUUUGGCCUGGAGUUGAAGGAACUCAAGCCAGGUGGUAGUUCCUACACUCUAACCGCCAUGUUAAAUCUCCCCGGUGACAAGAACCUGGGGAGUAACUUCCCCAAAAGUGGACUUAUCCUCUCUCUCCUUGGAGUCAUCUUUUUGCAUGGUUCCGCUGCUGAUGAGAAAGACGUCUGGGAAUUCCUGGACAUAUUAGGAAUCAAUGAUAAGAGCAAGCACUACAUCUUUGGAGAUGUCAGGAAGCUCAUCACUAAAGAUCUGGUUGAGGAAAAAUACGUGGAGUACCACCAGGUUGCCGGCAGUGAUCCUCCACGUUACAAGUUCCUGUGGGGUCCCAGAGCCUAUGCCGAAACCAGCAAGAUGAAAGUCUUGGAGUUUUUGGCCAAGGUCACCUGUUCUGAGGCCCGUGACUAUCCAUGCUGUUAUGAAGAAGCUUUGAGAGAAGAGAAAGAGAGAGCCAAAACCAAAGUUGAAGCCAAGCGUGGAGCUACUGCUCAAGCCAGUCCAAGCCCGAAGGCCAGCUCCAGCCUCUCUGCACGCUAAUGAUAUGUGAGGAAGAAUCUUCACUUUGUCAUUUAAAAUGCCAGUUAAUCUUUGUUCUUGUUAUGUGUGAAUAACAUUUGAAAAAUUUUCGUUCUUACAUCACUCAAGGACCUUCUUUUCCACAGAGUGUUUGUUUAGGUUUUCAGUAUAAUUUUAUGAUUGUUUUGGAUCAGACAUUCUUUAGUGUUUACAGGUUUUGUGAUAAGGUAUUGGUUUGUUUUGAAACACAAAUUGGAAUUCCUGAAAUCACUUUGAUGAUCCACACCAAGGUAACAUACCACCGAGACAGGAGUAUCCUUGGAAAUAGGAAAUAUCCACAGUAAAAUAUUUGGGAUCAGCUCUGUGAUAGUUAACUGUUGCAUCAACUUGUAUAGGGAACACCCAGCCGAUUGGAUCAUCUUAAUUCUGGGUGUGGCUGAAUGGAUUUACUGAAGACAGAAGACCCAGUCUGAAUGGAUUAAAAAGGGAAAGGAAGGAAGAAGGCUUACUUGUGAGUCUUCUGAGGAGCUCCAGUCUGCAUGUUGAACAUCAUCUGGCUUCUAACACAGACCCAUUGGUCUUUGAUGACAGACUCUUUGGCCUCUUGUUAGAGACUCCCACAGCACUCUACAGUGAUCUCCAGACAUUCUAGUUUUGACGGAAUUCUCCUGUUCUUCAGCAUGCAGACAGGUGUUUUGCACUGUCACACCUGACGCUGUGGGUGGCCAUUGUAAGCCUACCUUGUAAAUCCUAAUCAGUUUGUAUGUUCUAUUUUAUUUUGUUCUCUAGUGUGCAUUGACUGAUAUAUGCUGAUGAAGAAAACUAAAAGAUUCUCACUUCUUACUUUGCUUUACUUAAUUCAGUUUCUCUUUUUGUACAUUUAAAUGGCUUAUACCUAAAUUUGCUUAUGUUGUUCAAGAAUGUGUAAGAAAUUAAUCCAUCCCAAAUUUGAAUGUCUGUCUUCGGGAAAUUUUCAAGUUUUGUCCCGGGGUUGUAAAGUCAAAUGAGUUAACUCUAGCUCAUGCAAUGAUAGGUUGUGGGAAAACUAGCACUACAGAAGUGGAUGAGAUUCUGUUUCAUGGAGAAGUAAGAAACAGUGGAAAGUAGGGAUGGAGAGAAGACAUGACUUAAUUUUCCUUGAUAAGAAGCAUUUUUGCCUAAUGUUUUCUGAUUUUGUUUAGUUUGUUACUGUCCUUCAGUGCUACAUAUUCUGUGAUACCAUCUGGUUUAAAACUUUAAAAAUAUUUGAGGUACAUAGAUGAUAAAUGUUUCAGGUGAAAUUCAUUAUAGUACUAAUGCCAGUCUUUAAUGUCUUCAUAAAAGGCAGACACUACCACAGAGGUUCACUUAUGCUACAUACCUACUUCCCCUGCUACAAGUCAUAGCCUAUUAAAUUUCUAGUGUUCUCUAUUCUGCCUUCAGGUCAGUUUGGUUUGGUGCUUUCCACAUUAUGAAAGAGAACAAGUAGUAUUUGUGUGCAUGGCUUAUUUCACUUAAUAUCUUUCAGGUUCAUCUGUGUUGUUACUAAUGAGAGUAUAUCCUCUUUAUGACUGAAUAGUAUUCCACCAUGUAUGUGAACCACCUUUGCAUUAUCCACUCAUCAGUUGAAGGGCACUUAGGUUGAUUCUGACUUAGCUAAUAUGCAGUUACUUUUUAAAUGGUCUUCCAUAGCACGACUAAAUCAUCUAACGUGUGAAUAGGACUUAAUUUUUCAAAUGAGUCACUCUAAGGUACUGCUGUGUGUUACAAUAUUUGUUUGAUUAAUCUUCUGUUAUUACCCCUGCUGAUCAUAUGGACUUCGACCUUUGGACCAAGAAUAACCUUCGGCUUUUCUACCAUUGAGAUGUCAGUGUUAUAUUCAGAGGGAUAAUUGGACUACCUAAGGAUAGUGACUGGAACGUCUGUGAGUUACAAACAUUCAUUGUAGAAACGGUUUUGUACCUAUUUGUCAUUAAUGUAGG